GUAUAUUCAUAUUUACAUGUAUCAAUUCAUCUCUAGCAAUGGUGUCGGAAAGUUCAUCGUUGUGUUGUGACCUAUUGGUAUGAAGAUUGAAUUAUCAAAAUCUGGAGAUGUAUCGAUAAUUUCUACUGAAAAAGGCGAAUCGACUAACGAUUCUAAAGAAUAUAAAAAUAAACACAAAAAACUAACCGAAUGGAAUCUCUAAUUGAAAUGAACACCAAGUUAUCAAAGUGCGGUGAUGCGUCUAUAGUGCAACAAGAUGCAACAAAGAUGCAAAUGGAGCAUAAAGAUAAGUUAGACAUAGUUCAAGAAAGUCCAAAAAAGAUAGAAUUGUCGUUUGAGGAAAACAUUAAAUUAAGCAAAAAUAACGAUACAUCGAUUGUUUCCCCAAAAGUGCUAGAAAUUAAAGAUAGAAUGGAUAUGUCUCAAGAAGUUUCAAAAUCAUUAGAAUCCUCGCAUAUUUCAAAGAUUUCACAAGAAACUAUAGAAAAAUCAGCAGAAACCAAAAUGCAAGAAAUGUUACCAAAAUUUGAAUCGCCAUUUGAUAUGAAGAUCAAAGAUUCUAAUUUUAGUGAUGCAUCUAUUGUUUCUCCAGAAAAACAAGAACAAUUAGAAAUAGAAAACAAACUUCUGCAAGAAAUACCUAUAAAAACGGAAUCACUUCUUGAAAUGAAUAUUAAAUUAUCCAAAAAUGACAACGAAUCCAUUGUUCAUUCAGAAGUAUUAGAUGAAAUUAUAGAUAAAAUAGAUAUAUCUCAAGAUGAUACACAAUUAUUAAAACCAUUGCAUAUUGAAAUCUCACAAGAAGCUAUGGAAAAGUCAGUGGAAGAAACUAUGCAUGAAAUUAUACCAAAAGUUGAAUCAUCACUUGACACAAUGUUCAAACUUCCUAAUUUUGAUGAUUCAUCUGUUUUAUCUUCAGGAAAGGAAGAAGAAUUAGAAGAAAGCAAAAUUCUACAAGAAAUAUUAGAUAGAACACCUACUAUAUUAGAAUCUUCUGUUGGAAUAAAAAUUGAAUCAGCUGAAUCAGCCAAAAUUGACAAUUCAUCUAUUGUUCAUUCAGAAGUAUUAGAUGAAAUUAAAAAUAAAAUGGAUAAAUCUGAAGAUAUUUCAAAUUCAUUAAAAUUCUCCCCUAUUAAGGUAUUAGAAGAAGAUAUAGAAAAAUCAAAAGAAAUCAAACAUGAAGUAUUGCCAAAAUCAUCUGAAAUGAAAAUUGAGGUAUUUAAAUUUGAUGAUACAUCUAUUAAUUCUUUAGAAAAACAAGAAAAAUUAGUUGAAAGUACAAUUUUGCAGGAAGUAUCUAUGAGAGAAGAAACAUCAUUAGAAAUGAAUAUUGAAUUAACCAAAAAUGAAGAUGAAUCUAUCACUCAUUCAGAAAUUUUAGAUAAAAUUAAAGGGAGAAUAGAUAUAUCUCAAAAUGAUAAACCAUUAGAACAAUUGGAUAUUAAGGUACCACAUGAUAAUAUAGAAGAAUCAAUAGAAACACCAUCAAAACUUGAAUUGUCAUUUAAUAUGAAAAUUAAAGAUUCUAAUUUUAGUGAUACAUCUAUUAUUCCUUCAGAAGAACAAGAAAUGUUAGAAGAAAGCAAACUUUUACAGGAAAUACCUAAUAAAACAGAAUCACUUCUUGAAUUGGAGAAUAAAUUAUCUAAAACUGAUGAUGCAUCUCUUAUAUAUCCAGAAGUACAAGAUAAAAUUAAGGACACAUUGUCUCUAAAUAUUACAAAACCAUUACAACAAUUGCAUGUCGAAAUAUCACAUGAAAUUAUAGAAAAAUCAAUGGAAACCAUGCAAGAAACAUUAUCAAAACUUGCAUCACCACUUAGUAUAAAAAUCAAAGAUUCUAAUUUUAGUGAUAUAUCUAUUGUUUCUUCAGAACAACAAGAAAAAUUGGAAGAAAAUAAACUUUUAGAGGAAAUACCUAAGGAAACAGAAUCACUUAUAGAAAUGGAGAUUAAAUUAUCCAAUAAUGAUGAUACAUCUCAUGUUUAUUCAAAAACUUCAGAUGAGAUUACAGAGACAGAUAUAUCACAAGUUAUUACAAAAUCUAUAGAGCAUCCAAAUAUAGAAAUACCACAUGAAGUUAUAAAAAAAUCAAUGGAAACCAUGCAAGAAGCUUUGCCAAUACUUGAAUCAUUUGAUAUGAAGAUAAAGGAUUCUAAAUUUAAUGAUGUAUCUGUUGUUUCUUUAAAAAAAGAAGAAUUAGAAGAAAGUAAACUUCUACAAAAAAUACCAGAAAAAACAGAAUCAUAUCUUGAAAUAAAGAAUAAAUUAUCCAAUAUUGAAAACUCAUCUAUUGUUGAUUCUGAAGAUUUAGAUGAAAUUAAAGAAAAAAUAGAUAUAGCACAAGAUGUUUCAAAAUUGUUAGAACCACCAGAAAUUGAAAUCUCUCAAGAAGCUAUAGAAAAAUUAGUAGAAACUAUGCAACAAAAUUUACCAGAAGAUGAAUCACCACUUGAUAUGGAAAUGAAGCUUUCUGAGUUUGAUGAUGCAUCUGUUCUAUCUUCAGAAAAGCAAGAAGAAUUGAUAGAAAAUAAAUCUAUGCAGGAAAUACCAAAAAAAAUAAAAUCACCUCUUAAAAUACAAAAUAAAUUAUCUAAAAGUGAUAAUCCAUCCAUUCCACAUUCUGAAGUGCUGAACCAAUUCAAUGAAAAAAUAGAUAUAUCUAAAGAUGUUACAGAAUUAUUAGAACCAACACGUAUUGAAAUCUUACAAGAAGAUAUAGAAAAAUUAGUGGAAUCAAUGCAUGAAAGAAUACCAAAAGUUGAAUCUAUGGAAUCUAUGGAAUCUAUGGAAAUGAAACUUAAUGAAAUUGAUGAUGCAUCUUUUUUAUCUUCAGAGAAGCAAGAAGAAUUAGAAGAAAGUAAACUUUUGCAAGAAAUACCGAAGGAAACAGAACCAUCUAUUGAAAUAGAUAUUAAAUUGUCUAAAAAUGAAAACAUUGUCCAUUCUGAAAUAUUAGAUGAAAUUAAAGAUAAAAUAGAUAAAAUAUCUCAAGAUGAUACAAAAACUAUUGAAUCACCACAUUUUGAGAUUUCACAAGAAAUUAUAGAAGAAUCAGUAGAAACUUUGCAUGAAACAUUGAUUAAAGUUGAAUCACCUCUUGGUAUGAAAAUCAAGACUUUUGAGUUUGAUGAUGCAUCUAUUCUUUCUUCCCCUGAAAAAACAAAACAAUUAGAAGAAAAUAAAUUACUAGAAGAAAUACCCAAGGCAACAAUAUCAUCUCUAGAAAUGAAGAUUAAAUUAUCUGAAAAUGAUGAUAUAUCCACUGUUCAUUCAAAAAUGUUGGAAGAAAACAAAUUGGAUAUGACUCCAAAUAUAACAAAAUCAAUAGAGACAUCUGAUAUUGAUCAGAUAAUCAAUGAUCAAACUAUAGAAAAAUCUGUAGAAACUAUUUAUGAAACUUUACCAAAAGUUACAUCACCACUUGGUAUGAAGAUUGAGCUUUCUAAUUUUGUUGAUGCAUGUAUUGUUUCUUCAGAAUUGCAAGAAGAAUUAGAAGAAAAUAAACUUCAACAAGAAAUACCUAAGAAAACUAUAUCUAUGGAAAUGAAGAGUGAAUUGUCUGAAAAUGACAAUACAUCCAUUGUUCAUUCAGAAAUGAUAAAAGAAACUAAAAACAUAACAGAUAUAUCUCAAGAUGUUAAAGAAUUAUUAGAGACAUCAGAUAUUGAGAUCUCACAAAAUACUAUAGAAAAAUCAGAGGAAAUCAGAUAUGAAACUUUUCCAAAACUUGAAUCGCCACUUGGUACAGAAAUUAAACUUUCAGAAUUUGAGAAUGCAUCUAUUGCUUCUUUAGAAGAGCAAGAACAUUUAGAAGAAAGCAAACUUUUACAGGAAAUAUCCAAAGAUACAGAAUCAUCUAUUGAAAUGAAAAUUAAAUAUGACGAUGCAUCUAUAAUCGUUCAUCCGCUUGAUGGAAUUAAAGACAAAAUAGAAAUAUUUCAAGAUAUUACGAAAUCGAUGGAUACAUCGCAUAAUGACAUUGUACAGGAAGUAAUAAAAAAACCCGUAGAAACUGUGAUUGAGCCAGUGCCAAAUCUUGAAUCGCCACUCGAUACGAAGAAUAAAAUUUCUGAGUUUGAUAAUAUAUCUAAUGUUUCUUCAGAAAAGGAAAAACAUUUGGAAGAAAAUAAACUUUUGCAAGAAAUAUCUAAAAGAAUAGAAUCACCACUCGAAAUAAAAAUUAAUUUAUCUACAUGCGAAAAUGCAUCCACUAUUGAUACACAAAUCAUGCAAGAAACUGAAGACAAAGUAGAUACAUCUCAAGAUACAAAAGAAUUAGAACUAUUGCAAAUUAAAAUCUCAAAUGAAGCUAUAGAGAAAUCAGUUGAAACAAUGUAUGAAAAAUUAUCAACAACUGAAUCACUUGAUACGAAGAAUAAAUAUAUUGAAUUUGAUAAUAAAUCUAUUAUUUCUCCAAAUAAAGAAAAGCAAUCGGAAGAACAUAAAUUUUGUCACGAAAUACCUAUAAGAACAAAAUCACCUGUUGAAAUAAAAAUUAAAUUGUCUAAAAAUGAUAAUACAUCCAUUAUUCAUUCAGAAGUUCUAAACGAAACUAAAGAUAAAAUGGAUAAUAUGUCUCAAGAUAUUACAAAAUUGUUAGAACCAUUACCAAAUGAAAUCGUAAAAGAAACUAUAGAAAAAUCAAUAGAAAUCACACAUGAAAAUUUUCCAAAAAUUGAAUCUCCACUUGGUAUGAAAAUCAAGCUUACUAAGUUUGGUAGUGCAUCUAUUAUUUCUUCAGAAAAGCAAGAACAAUUAGGAACAAAUAAAUUACCUCAAGUAAUAGCCAAAAAAACAGAUUCACCUCUUGGAAUGAAGAUUAAAUUGUCCAAAAGUGGAGAUACAUCAAUUGUGCAUCCAGAAGACAAAAUUAAAGAGAAAAAAGAUAUGACUCAAAAAAAUAUUACAAAAUCAUUAGAACUAUUACAUAAUGAAAUUCCACAAGAAAUAGAAAAAUCUAGAGAAAUGCAUGAAACUUUACCAAAAGUUGGGUCACCACUUGGUAUGAAGAUCAAGCUUUCUAAGUUUGGUGAUGCAUCUAUUAUAUCUUCAGAGAAACAAGAUCAAUUGGAAGAAAUCAAAGUUCCACAGGAAAUACCCAAAAGAACAGAAUCACCACUUGGAAUGAAGAUUAAAUUAUCCAAACGUGGUGAUGCAUCAAUUGUUCAUUCAGAAGUUCUAAAUGAGAUCAAAGAAAAAAUAGAUAUAUCUCAAGAUGUUUCAAAAUCAUUGGAGCCACCUCAUUUUGAAAUUUUACAUGAAGAUAUAGAAAAAUUAAUGGAACCUGAGGAAUCUUUGCCAAAAGUUGAAUCAUUACUUGGUAUGAAAAUCAAGCUUUCUAAGCUUGGUGAAGCAUCUAUUGUUUCUUCAGAAAAGCAAGAACAGUUUGAAGAACAUAAACAUCUAGAUAUACCCAAAAGAACAGAAUCACCAUUUGGAAUGAAGAUUAAACUAUCCAAAAGUGGAGGAGCAUCUAUUGUUCAUUCCGAAAUUCCAGAAGAAAAUAAAGAUAAAAAGGAAAUAUUUUCAAAUGUUACAAAAUCUUUGGAACCACUACAUAUUGAUAUUUCACAAGAAGCUAUGGAAAAAACAUUUGGAACCAGACAUGAAUCUUUGGCAAAAGUUGAAUCUCCACUUGGUAUGAAGAUUAAACUUUCUAAAUAUGGUGAUGCAUCUAUUGUUUCUUCAGAAAAACAAGAAUAUUCAGGCGAAAAUAAACUUUUACAGGAAGUACCUAAGAGAACAGAAUCACCUCUUGGAAUGAAAAUUAAAUUAUCUAAAAGUGGCAGUGCAUCCAUUGUACAUUCAGAAGUGCUAGAUGAAGUUAAAAUUAAAAAGGAUAUAUUACAAGAUGUUACAAAAUCAUUAGAGCCAUUGCAUAUUGAUAUCUCACACGAGUAUGUAGAUAAAGCAAUAGAAAUCAAACAUGAUACUUUACCAAAGAUUGGCUCUCCACUUGGUAUGAAAAUAAAACUUUCUAAGUUUGGUGAUGCAUCUAUAAUUUCUUCAGAAAAACAAGAACAAUUAGGAGAAAAUAGACUUCUUCAAGAAGUACCUAAGAGAACAAUAUCACCUCUAGGAAUGAAAAUUAAAUUAUCUAAACGUGGUGAUGCAUCCAUUGUUCAUUCAGAAGUAUUGGAAGAAAUUAAAGAUAAAAUGGAUACUUCUCAACAUGUUACAAAAUCAUUAGAAUCACCACAUAUUGAUGUCACACAAGAAGUUGUAGAAAAAUUAAUAGAAAUAAACGAAACAUCGUCAAAAGUUGAAUCACCGCUUGGUAUGAAGAUCAAGCUUUCUAAGUUUGGUGAUGUAUCUAUUGCAGAAAAACAAGAACAAUGGGAAGAAAGCAAACUUUCACAGGAAAUACCCAAGAGAACAGAAUCGCCUCUUGUAAUGAAGAUUAAAUUAUCCAAAAGUGGUGAUGCAUCAAUUGUUCAUUCGGAAGUUUUAGAUGAGAUAAAAGACAAAAUAGAAAUAUCUCAAGAUGCUAUAAAAUCAUUAGAUUCUCCUCAUAUUGAGAUUUCACAUGAAGCUAUAGAAAAAUCUGUAGAAAACAUGCAAGAAUCUUUACCAAAAAUUGAAUCGCCACUUGGUAUGAAAAUCAAAUUUUCUAAAUUUGGUGAUGCAUCUAUAAUUUCUUCAGAGAAACAAGAUCAGUUGGAAGAAAGUAAAAUUUUGCAAGAAAUACCUAAAAGAACAGAAUCGCCUCUGGGAAUGAAAAUUAAAUUAUCUAAAAGUGGCGGUGCAUCUAUUGUUCAUUCAGAAGUUUUAGAAGAAAUAAAAGAUAAAAUUGAUAUAUCUCAAGAUGUUAUAAAAUCUUUAGAACCAUUACAUAUUGAAAUUUCACAGGAAACUAUAGAAAAAUCAAUAGAAAAUAUACAUGAAACUGUAUCAAAAGUUGAAUCACCACUUGGUAUGAAAAUCAAAUUUUCUAAAUUUGGUGAUGCAUCUAUUGUUUCUUCAGAAAAGCAAGAACAAUUGGGAGAAACUAAACUAUUGCAAGAAAUACCCAAAAGAACAGAAUCACCUCUUGGAAUGAAGAUUAAAUUAUCUAAAAGCGGUGAUGCAUCUAUUGUUCAUUCAGAAGUACUAGAUGACAGAAUAGAUAUAUCUCAGGAUGUUUCAAAAUAUUUGGAAUCUCCAUACAUUACUCAAGAAAUUGUAGAUAAAUCAAUAGAUAAUAUACAUGAAUCAUUAUCAAAAAUUGAAUCACCACUUGGUAUGAAGAUCAAGCUAUCUAAGUUUGGUGAUGCAUCUAUUAUAUCUUCAGAGAAACAAGAUCAGUUGGAAGAAAUCAAAGUUCCACAGGAAAUACCCAAGAGAACUGAAUCACCUUUAGGAAUGAAAAUUAAACUAUCCAAAACUGGAGAUGCUUCUAUCAUACAACCUGAUAUAUCUGAUGAUGUAAAUAAAAGUAUGCGAACAUCUGAGACAGAACAUUCUAAAAGCGGUGAUGCUUCUUUAGGUAUGAAAAUAAAAUUAUUAAAAACUGGAGAUGCAUCUAUAGUAGAUUCAGAAAAGAAGGAUAAACAACAGUGGCGUCGAGAUACUGAUUCAUCUCUUGAAAUGAAAAUUAAAUUGUCUAAGACAGGUCAUCCGACAAUCGUGGCUUGCGAUAAUCAAACGGAAACUUCAUAUAAAUCCAAAGAAACUGAUUCAUCUCAGAAUUUUACACAAAGAUACAAAGAGACUGGACAAAUCGGUCAUAAAGACUCUACAUUAAAAAUUCUUAAAACUGGUCAUUCAACUAUUUUACAAAGCAAUCGUUCAGAACUUACUAUUGAACCAGUGCAAAUGCAUGGAAAGAAAAUAGAUAAUGUAAUUGAAAUGUCUCCAAAGCGUAAAGAUAUUACUAUCGCACCUAUCGAUUCCAAAAAGUCUAAGCUAGAAACUCAAUUCACACAAAUUUUACCUGAAGUUACUAUUCAACCUGUUACACCCAGAGAACAAAAACAGUUUUUAUUCGAUCCAAAAAACAGCGCGAUUAGUCUACAGCAAAUGAAUGUCAUAAAUCAAGAAAUCAGUAUUACUCAAGUAAGACCACAAAAAUCAUCAGAUACUUCUAUGAAUGAAAAGUUGAAGGACAUUUUAUCAAAAAAUGUGUCUAGUUCACCAAUGAAUUCUGACUGUGAAAUUAUAGAACAACGGCCUGAAUUGAUAAUAGUAAAUGAAAAUUCAAAUUCUAGCCAAGAUGUUGUGAUAAUAGAAGAAGUUUCCAAUAGAAUUCCAGAAGUUAAAGUGCCUAAAAAAAGAGGUAGACCCAGAAGGAAUCCAUUACCUCAAGGAAUUACUCAUCCUCCACCUCAUUUAUUAAUACCUAGGGAUCCUUUAUCUUUAGACGAUUCGCAACAUAUGCAACAAUCAUCAGUACAUUUUCCAGAAUCCAGAGAAAAUGAAAGACCUAAAAGAACUUGUAGGAAUCAGAAAAGUUAUGCCCCUCCUAGAAGAGGUAGAGGACGAGGUCGAGGAAAACGAAAAUUAGAUAAUGCAGAUUCACAAAUAAUGAAAAAACCUAAGAUAGAGCAAGAUUUAAAUGCGAUAGAAGCUUCUACAACGGCUAUAAUAACGAUAGAUGAUUCUGGGGUGCAACAAGAAUCUUUCGGAAAAUCAUCGGAAUUAUAUAAAGUUCUUAAACAACCAGUUAUGGAUUCCAAAAUAACUAAUUCUUCGGACUCCACGAGUAUACAAACGGAAAUGAAUAAAACAUCAGAAAUGCGACUACCUAAACCAAUAUCAAAUAAUAUUAAAGAUGAUAUUAAGGAUAAGAAAUUGAUUGAAAUCGUUCCUGAACGAAUACAAAAAGCUAUAACAAAAGUAGAUUCUGAUAACAGAUCUGAUAAAUUGACAGAGAAUACAAAAUUGGAAAGUAAAGAUAUAUUAAUACCACCUGGACAUCCUAACUGGUUGACACCAGCAUCGAAACGAGUAGAAAAUGCUACGAAGCAUGAGAAUAUGUCUACAGUGCAAGUAAUAGAUGAGGAAACAAGAAUGAGUGCAGAAUUAGGUUCAAGGUCUCAAACUCCAGCUAGAAAUAUUUCUGUACCAGCCUCUGAAACUAUGGUAAAUGAAGAAUCCCAAGGAAGUGUACUUAGUACUGCAACCACAGAAUCAGAAAAAGUGAAGGUUAAAAAUCGAAGAAUGGAAAUUAAUUUUGAUCCAGACGAAGGACCAUUUACUGUCGAUAAAAUUGCUGAAUAUGAAUGGCCACUAGACCGGAAAGGUGAAACAUUUAUGAUACAAGAACAAAUAUCUCAGUACCUUGGUGUAAAAUCUUUUAAAAGAAAAUAUCCAGAUUUAAAGAGAAGAGUAGUGGAUAUGGAAGAGAGAAAUUAUUUGAGAGAAAAUGGAUUAGUUAGUGAAGCAAUGUGCGAUAUGGGAUUAACUGCUGUAUGCAGUUCAGAAGUAUUAGAUGUAAUGUGCAGUGAUUUUCCGGAUCAAUAUGAAGAAUAUCGUAAACAUAUGCGCGAAAAACAAGUGAAAGAACAUUCUAAAAAACAAAAAGAAUUAACAGCAGCUGCAAAUGCUGAAAAAAAUAGAAUUGAUCUAGCAGAAAUGGCAGUUCAAUCUGCAUUAUCUUGGAAUAUUAAUUUAAAUAAAGCUCGACGAGAAAAUAGAAAAUGCAGCUUAGAUUUACAAACUUUUACAAUACAUGUGCCAAAAAAACAAUUAAAAAUUGAAACGGAACGAAGAAUUGGUCACUAUCCUGUUGCAUUGAUACCAGGACAAUAUACAGAUUAUUAUCGGGAAUAUACACCAGCCGAAUUACGAUAUUAUCCUCUUAAUACUGUACUCUAUGGUCCUAUGAGACCAAAUGAACGUAAAUUUGACAGUCAAUCAGAAGGAUCUCAAAGUGAUAGUGAUAGUGAUUCAUCUUCAGAUGAUUCAAGUUCAUCUUCUAGCGAGGGAACACAGGAUACGGAAGGUUCUCAGUCUACAAUGGACGAAGUAGAUAUGGAAAUAGCAAACCAAAAAGAUGAAAUAAAAUUAAAAUGUAAAAUGUGUUUAAAAACAUUGAAUAAACAUAGUAAAAAUGAAGUUUUAAUUCAGUGUGGUACAUGUAAUGGACAUGUUCAUCCAUCAUGUAUAGAUCUAACAUUAGAUAUGGUUCCUCAUAUUCAAUCAUAUGCAUGGCAAUGCACAGAUUGUAAAACUUGUGCUCAGUGUCAUGAUCCUGCUGAUGAAGAUAAAAUGCUUUUUUGUGAUAUGUGUGAUAGAGGGUAUCAUAUUUAUUGCGUUGGCCUUCGACGAGUACCUCAAGGAAGAUGGCAUUGUCAAGAAUGUGCUGUGUGUGCAAAUUGUAGUUCAAGAGAACCUGGUGGUAUAAAUUCUGAUAGAAACAGUGUUGCUCAAUGGCAACAUGAAUAUAAAAAAGGUGAUAAGAAUACUCGUGUUUAUGUUUCAACGCUAUGUGUUCCAUGUUCAAAGCUAUGGCGAAAGGGUCGCUAUUGCCCACACUGCAGUCGCUGUCAUACUGCGCCAAGACUCGACCUGGAAGCAAAUCUAGUGCAUUGCAGCGCAUGUGACAAAUAUCUGCACUUAGGUUGCGUGGAGACCAAGGGAAUGCCAUUAGACAGGAAAAAUUAUCUAUGUGAUUUUUGUGCACCAAAUCGUCAGCAUAUGAUAAAACCAUUAGUAUCGAAAACAUUGAAAACGUAAAUAAAUAUAAAUAUAUAAUUUUUGUUUAAAGA